AAGUUUCUAUUUAGUAUUAACUUCAAUUAAAACUCAAUCUCAACAUGAACUUUUACAAGAUCUUCGUCUUCGUCGCCCUCAUCUUGGCUAUCAGUGUCGGACAAUCUGAGGCUGGAUGGUUGAAGAAACUCGGCAAGAGAAUUGAACGCAUUGGCCAGCACACUCGGGAUGCCACCAUCCAGACUCUGGGAAUUGCUCAACAAGCGGCAACUGUAGUUGCCACAGUUAAUGGAUAAUGCAAUAG